CUUUACUUUCUAACUCUUUCCAGUUUGGGAGAUUAAAUAGCAGAGCAGCGAUGGCGAAUUCGGGACCUCCUCCGGCGCGGUUAUGUGCGCUUUCUGAUUUAUGGGAGAGGGGGGUGGGUGAGAAGGUUAGGGUGCUUGGGUGUAUAACAAACUACAACACCACCACCGCCAUCCUCACCCUGCACCCUCCUCAUUCCCCCUCCCCUCACUCCUCCACCUCCACAGCCACCACCCCCCACAACCACACAGCACAAAUCGAUCUCUCCCUCCUCCUCUCCUCCACCCCACCCCCCGUGACUGCGAUCGGGGAAUGGGUGAACGUGAUCGGAUACAUCACCUCGCAGCAAUCCGCUCCCUCCGCUCCCCCCACCUCUGCUGCCCCACCUACAGGGCGAGGAGAAAGAGGAAGUCGGAGAAGGGGCGGGAAGGAGGGAGGGAGUGAUGGAGAAGAGACUAAAGGGGAACAUCACACGAGCAUCCAAGCCCUCCUCCUCUGGUCGGCUGGGGGGUUGAAUGUACAGGAGUACGAGGAAGUGGUUCGGGAUUUAAAAGCCGAGCGCGAGAAGACCGAGACACAGAUUUAAAGAAACCCGAGAAAAGGUGGUAGUAUAAAUAAUCUAACUAACCCAGUCUCCUCCUCACCGAUCGAUGCAUGUCCCAAAAAUGGCCCCCAUCUACGUCCCGUCCGUCCAUCCACCUCACUUCAGCUCAGCUCAACUCAGCUACACCACCCGCCCCGAGCUACCAUGAUCAAAAACAAGCACAAAGCACAAGCAUAGUCGAGCAAACGACAAAAAAAAAAAAGGAGACCAGCACAGCACGGAUGGAAUGGACAACGACCAAAAUGAUAUGAUAAAACCCCCCGAAGAAUGAGCGAGCCUAAGAGCCUAACGAACAAACAAAAAAACACAAAGACGACCGCCUGAUCCAAUUCCAAUUCCAACGACCCUCUCCCUCUCUCUUCCCCUACCGGGAAAUCCGAUUAUUAUACAACCACUCCCCCCAACCCUAGCCAACUAGCCAACCACCAUGCAUCCCCCCCAACCAUCCAUCCACCAUGCACCCACACAACCACACAACCACCCAUCUACAAAUCCUUCAACUUAUCCUUCAACUUCCCAAAAAAGCUCCUCCUCUUCUUCUGCUGCUGCUCCUUCGCCAGCGCCGCAGCCGGGCUCCCACUCGAGCUCCCAGCAGCAGCCGCCUUCGU